AAACAUCUGAGACCGAGAUGAACGUAGCAGUGGGGUGGGGCAGAAAACUCUUGAUAAAAGCAGUCGCACUUGCUUUACAUCUCAGCAGAAACCUGACAGUCGAGGAAACAGCAGUCAGAUCACAGACCAGAACAGAAUUAUGAAGUUUAACACCGCUUUAAGAGUUGCCGGUUUCAUCCUUAUCUACACAGCAGGUUCACUCAGCCAGUUAGAUGCUAUAAGACAAUUAUUAGUUAUCCAUCCCAUCCAUCCAUCCAUCUGAGACGCCCAGACUACCCUCUCCCCUGACACUUCCCUCAGCUCUUCUGGGGGAAUUCCGAGGCGUGUCUUCCCCGGGGCCUCCUGCCCGGAACACCAGGGAGUCGUCCAGGAGGCAUCCGGAACAGAUGCCCGAGCCACCUCAGCUGACUCCUCUCAAUGUGGAGGAGCAGCGGCUCUACUCUGAGCUCCUCCCGAGUGACCGAGCUCCUCACCCUAUCUCUAAGGGAGCGCCCAGCCACCCAGCGGAGGAAGCUCAUUUCGACCGACUGUAUCCGGGAUCUUGUUCUUUCAGUCAUGACCCAAAGCUCAUAGUUUGUGGUCGAGCCCCUCUCAGCAACAGGAUUGUUGGAGGAGAGGAUGCGACAGCAGGGUCUUGGCCGUGGCAAGUCAGCAUUCAUGUCUACGGCACAAGACAUAACUGUGGCGGGACUCUGAUCAAUAAAGACUGGGUUUUAUCUGCAGCUCACUGCUUCCAGGAUAUUGAUGUGUCUAAGGUUGUGAUGUACUUCGGGCGUCUGAACCAAUCCGGCUCAAACCCUAAUGAGACGUCCAGGACAGCGAGUCGAAUCAUCACCCAUCCUAACUAUGACAGUUCUGCUAUUAACAACGACAUAGCACUGGUCCAGCUCAACUCUUCUGUGACCUUCUCUAAAUACAUUAAGCCAGUCUGUCUGGCAGCGGCUGGUAGUGUAUUUGAUGCAGGUACAGAGAGCUGGGUCACUGGAUGGGGCAAGCUACACUCUGGAGACACCCAGCUUCCUAAUACACUGCAGCAGGUGAUGAUGCCCAUUGUGAGCAACAGUGACUGUAAGAGGGUUUAUUUCGGGGUCAACAGAAUCACAAACUAUAUGAUUUGUGCUGGAUUUUUAAAUCAGCAAGAGAAAAGUAUGUGUUCGGGAGACUCUGGAGGUCCAAUGCUCAGUAGGAACGGUUCCCUGUGGAUUCAGUCCGGAAUUUCGAGUUUUACUACACAAAGAUGUGAGGACCGCAGAUUUCCUAGUGUGUUCGCCAGAGUUUCUCAGUACCAUGACUGGAUCAAGUCCUACAUGGGAAAAAACAAACCCGGAUUUGUUAAAUUCAUUCAAACAUCCAACUCCAACUUUGGAAGCAUAUCCAACCCACUCUUACUUACCCUUCCUCUCAUCUUCACUGUCAUUUCUUUCACCUUCUUGCUCUCCUUUGUAAUUUUCAAACGAUUGGUCAAACGAGACCACUGAUAUGUUUCUAUCACACUUAUCUAAAGAUGUCUUUUUGAUGUGUUUGAAAGAAAGUCUAUGGAAGUUGUUGCUAGGGUGCUCUACAUGGUUGCUAGGAUGUGGCUUGAUAGCUUCACAAUGAUCCUGAGAGACAGACCCAUAAAGACUCAUUAAACAGCUGAGCCAAGCAAUGAACAACGACUCAGCCAGCAGAGAAGUGGAGACUAACUCAACCAGCAGUGUUGCAAGAGUCAGCAGGAUAGACCGCAGACUAACAACAGUCAGCCGAGAGAAGCGAGACUCACACACAAACAGUGACGAGGAGUCCAAGGGCCGAACCAUAAUCCAACAGGCACAGCAAAGACUCACAGCUGCUGAGAUGAAGAGUGACAAAGUUACCAGAGAAUCCCAGUGCUUGGAAAAUGGGAUAUAAUCUCCACAGGCCAAGUGGCAUUGCAAAGACAAAAGCAAAGCAAGAGAAUCAAACAAAUGAAGAAGAUCGGUCAGUUGCUGAUCUUGUGUUUUGAAGCAAAAAGCAUCUGGUUCUGAUUUAUGGCCAGUUAAGCCCAAAACAAAUUAAUUUAACAAGAUUUAGAUAUAGCAUUUCUGUAUUCAUGCAGAAGAUUUUGUUUUAUUCAGUACUCUCUGCUGCUAGAUGAUUUUCUCCCAAUAACAGGGUGUAUGCGGUCAUUUGAAUGCUGAACUUCAAAAAGUUCUGGAUCCCAGAGGAAUAGUUGUUUGGAAAUAAAAGGACAAAUGCAUGGA